UCAUUUUCUCUCCGCGUACAGUAGAGCUAUCUAUCUUUCACUCGCAUCGCAGUCUCUCUGUCAGUGUCCGCGAUUAGAGCGCUAUAAUGGCGCGAAGCAUGGUACCUCUGUGUCCGAAUGGAACCAUUUUCGCGCACCUGUGCAUUAUUGUGGUGAUUGCCUUGGCUUGGAUGUCACUGACUGGACCCGUGCGAUGUGACAGCGGGGUUUUAAACCGGAGCGGCGGGGAUCGUAUGCUUGACAGCAGCGGCGAUAUAGGCAGGAGAGACGGAGGGCUCAUACCGGGCGAUAGUGACAGUGAAGUGGACGCGGUCGGCGUGGAGUCACCGCGCUUCAGGAGAGCGCUAUCCCAGGAGAAAGUGUCGCUGCUCAGCAGUUCGUUCGUGCUGAAAGGGGAUGCCACUCACAACCAGGCGAUGGUCCAUUGGACGGGGGAGAACAGUAGCGUCAUCCUCAUCCUGACCAAGUACUACCACGCUGACUCCACCAAGGUCCUGGAGAGCUCGCUCUGGAGGUGA